AUGGAGAUGGAGAUCGAUUCCCCACGACAAUCGCUCGCUGAAAAGUUUGAGGAAACCCUAAGAAUAGAGGAGGAUGAUGAUGAUGAAUAUGUCGAAGAACAAGAAGAAUCGUCAUCAUCAUCAUCUUCAGAAGAAGAACCACAACAACCAGAACAACGACAACAACAACAACAGCAACAACAAGUGCCACGCGGUUACAAUCCCAUGUCUGUAAUCUGGGUUGAGCCACAAGAAGCACAACCCGAUUAUACCUAUCAACAACUCUGCUUUGAGAUAGCCGACGAGGUCGCCAAGGAUUUCAUCCACCAAGUCCACGAAAAUCGGUUUGGCGAGUUUCCGUGGCCACCUGAUCUUAAUUGCCCACUGUACCAAUUUGGGUAUAUUUCUCGGUUCACAAUAGAGUUGAAGCCUGAAGAUGUGGAAUCUAUGGUGGCGAAGUAUUCGAUAAAAUCGACGCCUGAAGAAGUGAAACGUGCUAAGCGAUUUCUAGAGCAACUCCGGAGCAGCUGGAAAAUGGGCAAAAAUGACAACAUGUUGGAGCUUAAGAGCCUUGACAAGGCUGUGAGGUGCGGGCUCAGCGUGUAUCUUGUGAGCUUUACGGUGAAGGAUGUUUUUGGUGAUGCCAUAAAAAAAGUGAGGGCAUCGGUUGGGUUUGCAUCGUCAGCUCCAGCUCCCAUUCUGAUGGAGUGCAAGCUUGUGCCAUAG